UGCUAAGUCAUGGUGGAAGAUAUAUGUGCGGUACUAAAAACGAAGUGUUUUAAGUUAAAUCAUUUAGAUAGUCGUCUACUCAUUACUGCUUGAUAUUGGAAAUGAUUAUGUACAUUUCUAUUCCUAUCUGCCCGGAAAGUUUCCGUUGCGCAGCUUUGCCCCCAUUCAUGUACCCGUUUUACAAUGCCACCGACACAUCAUGCGGGUUGAUCAAGGUAAACUGUACUCCAAAACCAGAGGAAAUUCUGAUUGGAGGAUGGCCAUAUGUGAUUUUGGAGAGGUCUGAUUCUGGUUCUUCUGUCCUGAUCUAUAACAAAACAUUUGACCAGCUUCUGAAUAAUAAUACAUGUGAGGCUCUUAUGGAAAAUUUCACUUCUCCAAGUCCUCUUUUGUAUUCCUUUUCAACAGAUCCCUUCAUCACUCUUUUUAAAUGUCCAAACAAACUCGGCUAUGCUCAACAAGUUCAUACUUAUUUCAACCAGCGUAAUUAUAAUAGUUACAACGGCUGCGAAGGUUACAAUUUCUACUAUAAGUAUUUGGUCAGCAAUGCAACAGUUCAAAAAGAUCUCCCUAGUACAUGUCAAGUAAUACAGUUGCCAGUGAAGCAACGAUGGCAAUUUUACCCACAACAACCUGAUGAAAUCAACAUAUCUUCUCUUCUAUCUUCAGCAUUUACUAUUUCAUUUCAGAUGUCAGCUUCCUGUGAAGAUUGUCACCGAAGAUUCGGACAAUGUGAUACUAACAAUGGAUAUUUUCAGUGCAUACAUGCCGUAGAAGGAAAUCGGACCAUAAAACUGAUACUAGGUAAUAUACAUCUUCGAUCACCACUAUGCUUUACACACGCACACGACACCAAAUCAGAUUUUGGUCUUAGAUAUAUUAUAUGGUUGUGGGAAAUAAAGAUUUAUGUGGUGUACAAAUCAACUAACUAAUUUCCAAACGUGUGCCAAUGUGGAGCUAGCCCACUUGGUAGAGGCAUAUGCCUCUUAGAGGGGAGGUCCCAAGUGGGCAGGGCUGACUCCGAAAAUCAAAGAUUUUUUUUUUUUUGGCCUGUGCGAGAUAAAAAAAUUGGGCCAUGUUCAUUAAUCCAUUAUGUUUGUUUAUUGAUUGGGCCAAGUCAUUAAUUCAUUACACACUAAAGGGCUUUUGAAUUUGAUUAGCAAAAAUAGUUGGGCUUCGAAACAGUUGGACUUUAACGUGUUUAGUUCAUAAAUCUAGGCCCUUUAAAUGAUCUAUGUAAAUGGUUAAAUGAGAAAAAAAAACUUACAAAUUUAAACAACAAAACAUGUAAACUUUUUCUAUAUAAAUGGUUAAAUGAGAAAAAAAAAAGAACUUACAAAUCAAAGGAAGCCCAAAUUUAAAUGUGAAAAUUUAUAAAUUUAAACAAGAAAAUAUAUACUUUUUUUAUGUAAAUGAUUAAAUGAGAAAAAAAAAACUUAUAAAUCAAUGGAGGCUUUGAUAAUUCCAAGCUAAAGGCUAAAAAUUAAGUUUUAUGGAGCCUUUCACCUUCUUAAUAUAAUAGGCUAAAUGCCUAAAUCAACACCAAUACCUUGAGGUCCAAACAAAACAUGGAGCAACCCAAGAAAAACAAAAAGGAAAAAACUAUAGCUAGUGGGAUUCGAACUUGGUUGGAAUGAACGUAUCUAUAAACAAAGGUUGCUUCCAUUGAGCUGAAGAGUUUAUUUGUAUAUACUAGUUCUACAAUAAGUUUAUAUACAAAAUAUACAUAUAUCUUUUAAACAUAUUGGGCCCUCUGAUAUUAUGGGCCCUGUGCGGUGGCACCAUCCGCACAGGCCCAUAAUCGGCUCUGCAAGUGGGCAAAGGAGAAUAAUUUAGGAUUAUUGGUGUAAUAUAGUAGGAGCAAACUUCGCCGUAAAAAAACAAAUCUCCAAAUGUGU